GGUGGCCAUUAUCAUUGGAAGUUAGCUGUUGGGACGGCAGUCAUUAUCAGUGGGAGUGUCAUGUUGCUUGUGUUCCAUUUAUUACAUAUAGGGAAUACUUUGCCACCGGCCAAGGGUUAAAACACACAAUGGGUUCUUUAUUGUUUAAUAAUACGAGUAGAGGACAUCUUAGAAAUAUCAUGAGAAUCAUAGAGAGGAGUGAUGUAGACCUGUUAAGAUUUCCAACUUUCCUAAUGUCCAAAAAGAUUUCCAUGUCAAGUAUGAAAGAUACAGUCACAUGCCAAGAACCUCUCAGCCAGGCACCACCAUCCCCCAAACCCGUUGCUCAUAUACCUGUGAUGGCGAGAGAGGUGUUAGAGUAUCUCGCCCCAAGAGACAAUGCUGUUAUUCUGGACACUACCUUCGGGGCAGGAGGUCAUUCUCGGAAAAUUCUGGAGAGUUGUCCGGGUGUGAGAUUAAUGUGUUUAGACCGAGAUCCCGUUGCCUACAAGUACGCUGAGGAGUUACAGAGAGAAUAUCCUAAUAGGGUCUUUCCUCUUCUCGGCAAAUUUAGUGAGCUGCCUUUACUCCUGGCAAAGCUGCAGUUGAAGAGAGAUACCAUCGACGGAGUGUUGAUGGAUCUGGGCGUCUCAUCGAUGCAGUUUGAUACACCCGAGCGAGGCUUCAUGCUCAGCCAAGACGGACCAUUGGAUAUGCGUAUGGAUAAUAACAGAGAUCCAAACCAGUUGACAGCAGCAGAUAUAUUAAGCCACAUAGAUGAGGACUCCCUCUAUAAAGUCCUCAAGUAUUAUGGCGAGGAGAGCAACGCCCGGAAGAUCUCUCGUGUUGUAGUCGAGUCUCGCCAUCUGUUCAGGAAGCUUCACACGACCAAAGAACUGGCAGAGUUGGUAAUGUCCGUGACUGGUGAGGACGGUAGACUAGACAAGCUGAAGAGAUAUUCCCAUCCUGCGACCAAAACAUUCCAGGCGCUGAGAAUCCUUGUCAACAAUGAGUUAAAUGAACUGGAUUAUGGCCUCCGUUUAGCUCACUAUUAUCUUAAAGCAAGGGGUGUGUUAGUGGCCUUGUCUUUCCAUUCACUCGAAGAUACUGUAGUGAAGCGUCACAUAACAGGAGUGGACAUUGAUAAGACUUCAGCAACUAUCGGGUUAGGUGUGACCAAACAUCGGAGCGCACUGUCCACGUAUUCUCCCAGGGAGAUGGAUGUUCUCAUGGCCAAGAAGUGGGAGUCACUGACCAAGCACGUCGUCUUGCCCUCCGAGGAAGAGGUUAAAAGUAAUCCACGGGCGAGGUCGGCCAAGCUUAGGGCAGCUGUCAAAGCAUAAAUGAGAUUGUAAGUCUUAGAAGCUUAUGAUUUUUGUAAAUACAGUAGUGAAGCUUUUCAUAGAUUUACAGUAUGUUUUUACAAAAGAAGAUCAAAAUUUAGUGGUGAUUCAUUUACAACAUAAAUUAAUGUAAGCAGCACUGCAUACAAGUGGUUGUGUAUACAGUAUACUGUACUCUAUAUAUUCCAGUAUAUAUAGACAAAAAUCUCAACAGAUAAUAAGGAUCCUGUAUGAUUUGUAUAAUAAAAAUUAUUUAAAUAAUA